AUGCGCCCGGCACCUGAGAAACUAGUCUCCCAACUUCUAUCUACGAUUGAAGAGCGCAUCAUCCCACUUACACGACAAGGCGUCUCGAGCGGAUCCAAGCUCUUUGGAGCAGCUAUUCUGUCCCGCAAGGACCUUACACCUUAUACGCUUGCCACAAACAACGAGCGCGUCUCGCCAUUACUUCAUGGCGAAAUCAACUGCAUCCAACAAUUCUGCACAGUCGACUUUCCCAACCCGUCGACACGUCCCCAUCCAGCCAAGGAUUGCAUUUUCCUCGCCACGCAUGAGCCUUGUUCGCUGUGUUUGAGCGGCAUCACGUGGGCUGGCUUCAACGAAUUCUACUACCUGUUUACCUAUGAAGACAGUCGGGAUUUGUUCGGGAUCCCGUACGAUAUCGAUAUCUUGCAAGAGGUAUUCAGAGUCCAGGGCGAGGGCGAGAGCGAGCAGCAAGUGCAAAAGAGGGAGCUGUAUAACCGCAAGAACAAGUUUUUCACCGCGAAGAGCUUUGCAGAUGUAGUGAGCGAGAUUGGUGAUGAGAAGGAGAGGGAUAGAUUGACGGCAGAGAUUGAGCGAGUAAAGGGGCUGUAUCAUAGUUUGAGUGAAACAUAUCAAGAAGGAAAGAAGGCUGGUACGGAAAGCUCGAGUGUGUGGAAGUAGGAU